UAAUUUUAUUUAUUUACUUAUUUGAGAUAAAAUCUGGCUCUGUCGCUCAGGCUGGAGUGCAAUGGUGCGUUCAUAACUCACUGCAGCCUCAAACCUCUAGGCUCACGUGAUCCUCCUACGUCAGCUUCCUGAGUAGCUGGGACUAUAGGUGAGCACCACCGAGCCAGCUAAUUUUAUUUUUUGUAGAGACGAGGUGGAGGUGGGGUGUGGGGAGUGUCUCACUUUGUUCUCCAGGCUGGUCUCCAACUCCUGGCCUCAAGUGAUCCUCCCACCUUAGCCUCUCUAAGUGCUAGGAUUACAGGUGUGAGCCACUGCACCUGCCAUGUUUCUGUAAGUAAAAUUUUAUUGAAACCCAGCCACCCUCCUUUGUUUACCUGUUGUCUGGCUGUUUUUUGUUACAAUGGCAGAUUGAGUUGUUGUAGCGGGGACUAUAGAGUUGGCAAAGCCUUAAAAUAUAUACUGUCUGUAUCUAAUCAAGCGUUUUACGUGGGGGAAUAUCAAAGGAGUUCUAGUAAAGAAAUUUGGGUUCAUCUGUCAGGAGAGAGUUGAAUAUGACAAUGAACAGCACAUGAUGGGCCAGUGCAGGUUAACAAACAUCAAUUUAGUGCUUAUUGUAUGCCAGGUCUGGGCACACAGUGACAGAAGCCUCAGUUCUUUCUCUCCAGUGGUUUAUAGUCUGGAAUGGCAAAUGUGUGAUGCAACUGAAGUGUGGGGUGUUAUGGGAACACAUAGUGGGGGUGCCUCACAUAGCCUCAUCCCCGAGGUCAGGAUUGGUGCUUUUGGUCUUUAACCCUUGGUAACUUGCCCAGUAGAUGCCUGUGGUAGAUGAGAUUCAGAAAUAUUCAUCCCCCGCCCCCACUUCCUUGGGCAAGUGGAGUUAUUUCCUUGCCUGGUGAUGCUGGGCUUGGGCACAUGACCUGCUUUGGCCAAUGGAAUGUGAGCAGCCCUCCUGCCUAGGAAGCUUCUGCAGCUGAGCUUGUCCACUCUGCCAUGAGCUUGUGCCAUUGCCGUGGAAAAGACAGGCUUGGACUGCCUGCUGGUCCUAGGACAGGGAGGGACACCUGGAGGUCACCGCCAAGGUGACCAGCCAUCCUGGUGGAUCCAGGACAGCCCCCAUUUUAAAACUGCAGUUCCAUGUCCCAGGGAAUUCCUCAUUCUCAGGCACACAGAGACAGAUACCUUGGAGCAAAGCCACCCUCAGCCGAGGUUCACUGACCUACAGAUCACCCACUGGCUUGUGAGAAAUUGUAAGUGAUGACUGCUUGAAACCACCGAGUUUUGCGGGAGUUUGUGAGGAGCGGUCGUUAAAUGUUACAGUGCCCAAUAAACUUUUGCUUAUUUGAAUUGAGGCAGCUCCUGGCAGAAGUUUUGAAGGGUAAGUAAAAGUAAAGCCAGUGGAAAAGCUGAGAAAUGCACCAGAGAUGGAGGAGAUAGAGUCGGGGGCCUGGAGGCGUAGAGCGAGGUGUGCCUGGUGUUAGGGAGGACAGAUGGGGAAGGUGCACAGCCAAGAGCAGGCCAUCCAGUUCCAGGGCAUGGCAGUAGCCCAGGGGAGACAGCGCAGGCAGUGGCCCUCAGCAUAGUGGAAGGGACGGCUCCUGACUUGGAGUUGGGUAGAUGCUCAGCUUAGGACCUCAGGUGACAUACUGCAUCAUUUUCUUCCUCAGUAUCGUCACCUGUCAAAUACAUCUACCAAGAUGGCAGCAGUGAUCUGUCUAGAACAGACGACUAAAAGCAAUAGUCAUUAGGACUAUUUGCUUACUGGUUUUAAAAUUUUUCAAAGCUUUUUUUGUCCCAUCUUUUAAAAAAUAUUUUACAUUCUCAUUCAUGUUCAUCCGGUUAUUCCCCAGGGGAAAAGAGAUUUUUUGGUCUUGAAAUGGAGUGCCCUAAAAUUAUUGAAGAUUAUUUAUUGUAUUCCAUUUCCGUAUGCUUAGUGAUUUAAAAACUGCUCUUUAAGGCCACUUUGGGCCAGGUGUGAUGGCUCAUGCUUAUAAUCUCAGCACUUUGGGAGGCAGAGGAGGGUGGAUCACUUGUGUCAGGAGUUCAAGACCAGCCUGGCCAACAUGGUGAAACCCCCUCUCUACUAAAAAUCCAAAAAUUAGCCAGGUGUGGUGGUGCAUGCCUAUAAUCUUGGCUACUCGAGAGGCUGAGACAGAAUUGUUUGAACCUGGGAGGUGAAGGUUGCAGUGAGCUAAGAUUACACCACUGCCCAGCCUGAGUGACAGAGUGAGACUUCAUCUCCAAAAAAAAAAAAAAAAUUAAGGCUACUUUGGCUAAAAAAGUAGCACUUUUCGUCAUGUCAUGACCUGCCUCAGACAAACCUCCAAAUAUUUUCACACACUUGCAGCAGGCAUUAUUGGCUUAACAUUGAAUUUUUAAAAAGUGGAACCUGUCUGGGCACAGUGGCUCACUCCUGUAAUCCCAGCACUUUGGAGGCCAAGGCAGCCGAGCCGGAUCACUUGAGGUCAGGAGUUCAAGACCAGCCUGGCCCACAUGGUGAAACCCUGUCUCCACUAAAAAUACAAAAAUUAGCUGGGCAUGGUGGUGUGCACCUGUAAUCCCAGCUACUGCAGAGGUGGAGGCUCAAGAAUUGCUUGAACCUGUGAGACAGAGGCUUCAGUGAGCCAAGAUCAUGCCAUUGCACUCCAGCCUGAGCAACAGAGCAAGACCUGACUCAAAAAAAAAAAAAAAGGAGAAUCUCAAAACUUCUAAUUUUCUUUUCCUCAUUCAGAGCAUUCUGAUAUGACAGAGACUAAAAGAUUGAGACAGUAAGAGCCUGAGGCCACACCAACUUUGUGUUACUGUCUUACAACACUUGGUAUAAAUGCUUGCAGAUCCUGCUUUGAUUAUUUUUCCUGUCAGGUUUUUUUUUUUUUUUUUUUUGAGAUGGAGUCUCUCUCUGUCACCCAGGCUGAAAUGCAGUGGCACGAUCUCGGCUCACUGCAACCUCCGUCUCCUACGUUCAGGUGAUUCUCCUGCCUCAGCCUCCCAACUAGCUGGGAUUACAGACGCCUGCCUCCAUGCCUGGCUGAUUUUUAUAUUUUUAGUAGAGACAGGGUUUCACCAUGUUGACUAGACUGGUCUCGAACUCCCGACCUCAGGUGAUCCCACCCACUUCAGCCUUCCAAAGUGCUGGGAUUAUAGGUGUGAGUCACCCUGCCCGGCCUAUGAAAAAUUUCUCUAAAUUGCCAGUUUUUGACAACUUAAACUGCCUCUACUCAUUCCCUAUUAGGCCAAGUCUUUUCAACUUUGGCUUUUAUAAACAACACCAAAAAAGGACAAGAGUGCCAAAAAAAAAAAAAAAAUCAGAAUUCUUACAAAAUGAGCAGAAAUGCUUAAAGAUGUAACAGGUGGCAGAACUCCCAUUGGUACUCCACUGCAUCAGCUUCCUACAGCUGCUCUAAAAACUACCACAAACUUGGUGGCUCAAAACAACGGGAAUUUAUUCCCUCAUCCCUCUGGAGGCCCUAAGUCUGAAGUCAAAGUGUUGGCAGGGCUGCAUUCCCUCCACAGGAUCUAGGGAAGAUCCUGUUCUUUGCUUCUUCCAGCUCUGGUGGCUGAAUCACUGCAAUCUCAGCCUCUGUGGUCAUACUGCCUUUUCCUCUUCUGGUCGAAGUCUUCCCAUGCUCUUCUCUUUUAAAGGACACAUGUGUUUGCAUUUAUAGCCCGCCCAGCUAAUCCAGGAUAAUCUCCCCAUCUCCAGACCCUUCACUGAAUCACACCUAUGUGUCUUUUCCCAUGUCAGGUAACGUUUAGAGAUUUCUCCCCCUCCACCCAUGCUAAUACUUACAAAAUUGGGAAUUGUGGGGCUGUUCAUUUUCUACCAAGUCACUGUGUUUGCCCAAUGGUUGUGUUUGCCACAUCCAGUGGUAUGCUGGAGCCAGCAUGUACUGACCGUGGGAGCCAGUUCUUAAAUUUCAAGAUUUUAGCAGGCUGGUUGUUACAUUGUUGGUAUCUUGAAAGUGGCCAUGGUGGGAGUCUUUAUGUCACGGAAAUUGGCAAAUCUGUAUAAUAAGUCAUGGUUUCCCACAUUCCUUCUCCCCACCUGAGAGAACUAGUUUACUAGGACACCACUGGUUGGCUAAAUCUCCCAACCACUAGAAAACUCAGCUAGAGAGUACAUCUCAUCCCGAAGAAAUCACUCAAGGCCAGAGGCUUGACUCAGGCCUAUUACUUGUUUCUUUUAUUUCCUUUUUUGUAGUAUGUUGAAAGUAUCUAUGCAUAUCUGUCUCCUACAACAAAUUUUAGACUUCCUAGGGCAGGGCCCUAUUUUUUUGCUUUAGAAUCAACCUGCCUGGCCCAUCUCCUACCAAGAGAUCAAUAAAUAUUUGAACUUAUCUCAGUAACUGGGCUGUUUUUCAUUUCUGGAGGUGACGCACAUACUGAUGCCUGGCCGCAGUAAUUCUAAAUAUAUGUAUUUGCAUUUCUGUCUCUUUCCUUGUUUGGAAACAUACUCGAUAUUUUUGCUUACUGGGUGCUCUGGAUUAAAGAAUUUUCGUUACUUUAUGUUCAGUUCUGUUAAUCCUUAGAAGCAAGAUGUAUCUGCUUCACUGGAAAUCACCACUUAGAUCAAGCAAUGUGUAAAGGCAUAGCAUGUAGAAGUAGCGCAGUAAAAGGGGGCUGAAUUGAUAAAGUGUCUGAUCAAAGUCAGAUCUAUUCCAUGUAAGCACUAGAGAGCCGUAGUGAGUAUAGUUUUAAAGAUAGAGUUAAAUAGAAUAAUUGCCUUAGAAGGGCACUGAAGGUUGAUUGGAAAAUUCUUUCUAAUUUUUAAAAUAUCUACUAGGAAAAACUGAUGUAAAAUGUUUUUCCCACUGGCAUGGAGCAAUUAAAGUCACCUGGUAGAACCCAGCAGGUCCCAGCCUGUGUGUGAUUAUCAGGUAGAAUCUGGGCUGCAUUAUGAUUUGGCUGUUGAUUGCACUGGGUUCUGGGCUGGAUCAUUGGAUUCUGAAGUUUUGGUGGAUGGAAGCAGUGAAGAUGUCCUGAUAAAUGAAGAAACGCAUACACCUGUCAGUUAAUAACCUUUUUUCUUCCCAAAGUGAAACAAUAUGGCUGUAUGAAUAAUGGAGUUUUAUUAUUAACCCUUUAAUUCAGAUUGUAUACCUUUGCCAGUUUAUACGUUUUGCUUUUGCUUUUUGUGAUUUAGUGAUAAAGGAAUGAUUGCUAUAAAGGUCUGAUUAUCUCUUUACCCCGAAACUUGUUGAGAUCAAAAGAAAGAGGUAACAUGGAAGUGAUGGAUGGUUCAAUUUUUUCACCCUGUCAACCAAUAUUGGUUAAAUGCUGGCUGCGUGUGAAGUAUUAUAAGACAGGGGUCCCCAAACCCCAGGCCGUGGAAUGGUACCAACCAGUUCAUGGCCUGUUAGGAACCAGGCCUCUCAGCAGGAGGUGAGCUGUGGGCGGGUGAGCAGGACUGCCUGAGCUUCACCUCCUGUCAGAUGAGCAGCGGCAUUCGAUUCUCAUAGGAGCACAAACCGUGCUGUGAGCCACACAUGGCAGGGAUCUAGGCUGCACACUAAGAAUCUAAUGCCUGAUGAUGAGCUGAGGUGGAACAGUUUCAUCCUGAAACCACCCCCUACUCUGCUGUCCAUGGAAAAACUGUCUUCCACGAAACUGGUCCCUGGUGCCACAGAGGUUGGGGUCCACUGCUAUAAGAGACAGGAAGAUGACUGAUGAGCUCCCUGGACUCGGGGAGGAUUAUAGUCUAGCACUGUGCUAACUUAAACAUGGUCUGUGUAUUGGCAUCACGUGGGCACUUCUAGGAGCUCAGAAUUUCAGUCCCUUCCCCAGACACACUCUGCAUGUCAGUAAGAUCUAUGAUUUUAAGUGCUUAACACAAUUUGUAAAAAUACUGGUUGAGUGGAUAGAAACAAAUAAUAACCACAGUGAUCACUGGAGAGGCUACAGAAAAGGUAGCAAGAACAAAGGAAGUCAUGAUUUUAAAAAAUUAUUUAUUUGGACUGAGCACCGUGACGCAUGCCUGUAAUCCCAGCACUUUGGGAGGCCAAGGCAGGUAGAUCACGAGGUCAGGAGUUUGAGACCAGCCUGACCAACAUGGUGAAACCCCAUCUCUACUAAAAAUACAAAAUUAGCUGGGCAUGGUGGUAUGUACCUGCAAUCCCAGCUACUUAGGAGGCUGAGGCAAGAGAAUUCCUUGAACCCGGGAGGCGGAGGUUGCAGUGAGCAGAGAUGGCACCACUGCAUUCCAGCCUGGGUGACAGAGCAAGACUCUGUCUCUAAAAAGAAGAAAAAAUUAUUUAUUUGGAAGUUUCUUUUGAUCUCAGUAAGUUUGCCCUUGGUGGUCUUAUAUCAGAAGAAUCUCAAAGUUGGUGCUGUUUUAGGGUUCCUUGCAAUCUGAAUGCCUUAGAUUGGGGACCUUUUUUUUCUUGGUGAAGUUGGUACAGAUGUCACAUUCUUGGUUAUCGACUGCUCACCAAGCCUCUGACAGUCCAUAUUCUCUGUCAGUGGCAGCUUCUGUACCAGGGACAUCCUUUAUCCCCUUGCCCCUCAGGGGACUGAGAACAAUAAUCUGCCAUAUUGCUCCUGUAUCAAGUGAUCCCAUGGGGACAGUGUAGCUAAGGCUUAGGAUGUCAGAUCUCUUGGCUCUUUUCAGACAUGAAGACUCUGAAUGGUGGAAGUUGGGCUGGGGUGACAUAUGCAUAAAUGUUUGUGUUUACUCUUUCCCUUUGAGGAGAACAACACUAUUAAUUCCACUGAAGGUGUAUAUGGCAUUUAAAGCCAGGGUUUCAUGAAAAGUCAGUGCUUUUUCUUCUUUUACGUAUUGAAGCACUGGUAGUUGAGGGCAACCUGAAAACGAGACCGGCUCUGAAUAGGUAAUUAGCUGUGUCUGUUCCACGACUUCUUUCUUGAGUACAGUUGCUUGUCUCAUUCCUUGGUGGGUGGAACGGUGAAUAAAGGAAGGAGGAUUUAAUGUACUGUGGGGAGUGUGUUUGCUAUGAGCCUGGGUGUAAUACGGUUUGGUUGUUUUGUUUUUCUAGUUAUAAAAAUCUGGCUCAGAGUGUUUACUUUUGAUAUUGAGAUAAGCUUUCAUCAUUUGUGUGUACAAAUUACCUCAUAGAAAGAUUUCUGUUUAAGUCUACUCUUGAAUUAUUCACAGGAGAUGACAGUUGGAAAACCUACUGCACCCUGUCCUAAGCUAAAGGUCCCUAUGGGUUGUCUGGGUGAUUCAUGUGGUAAUCUGAUGAGAGGCACACUUCACUGCUCCCAGCCCAGGCAGGGCUGCUUCAGAACGUGACGCCGCUUCGAGCAGUCCUCCUCUCUGCUGUAUGUGGUUUGCUUUGCACCUUUGUCUCUGUUCACAUGCCUUCUGUUGAUGCGCCUCACUCCCAGCCAAACCAGCCAGCCCCAGCAGCUCUCACAAGCCAGCGGUGUUUUCCCAUUGAUUUCUAAAGUCAGGGUGCUGCCUCUCAUGUUCUCUUUCCUAGGUUUCAAAGGGCAAGCAAGCUGCACAUGGAAAUGAAAAGUCACAGUGCUCAUUGGUGGCCUGUGGGGCCCAAAAACUGAUGGCACUUGAAAUUAGUUCCUGUUUUUGGCUGGCAUUUUACGCAGAUGGCAAAUAGAGUAAUUACAUGCCUGAUUGCACUGAGAGGUUUGUCUAAUCCCAUAUCCUGUCCACUGUAACACUUUUAUUAAGUCCCAAACUUUCAUUUAUGAUGAGCUCCUUUUUAAGGAUGCCAGUAUAUGCUGAAACAUAGAACACUGUGUCUUACGGCAAGAACCUUCCAAACAUAUUCAGUCUAUUCCUUUGACUCCUGGUAGAAGCAUAAAUAAAUCUUUCCAAAUUAAUGGGCAUUUGACUUAGGAAUUCCCAAAGGAGGUGAUUCUAGAACUUCCCUUAGUAAUUUAUUCUGGUACCUCCAGUUUUUAUAGUUAACUUUUCCUUAGUGUAUUACUUAAAUUGUUUCUGAAAUAUGUAGAGUAAGAUUGAGCAAUCUCUUGUCCCUUUGUCAGCAGUGAUGGUAAGUGACCCUCAAGUGCAGAGGCCUUAAUAUAAAAGACAUGAUCGAACAUAAACCUGGUAAAGAUCUGCCUGGGGGUCAUUAUGCAGGGUUUACUCUUCCAGCCAUUUCAACCCUGGGACUUCCAUCCAGCUGAUGAAGGACAGGGGUGCUGGCCAAAGGCAACUGCGACAAAGCCCUGCCACGAGACUCUGCCUUUUAUUCCGUGAGCCCUUAUUAACUCACACUAAACAUGUAAUUUAAACAAGCCUGUUUAUGUGAUUCCUAAUGCCUGAAUCUCAGCAGUGGCAAAGUGGUAGGAAGGGAGCAGUUAUUGGCACAUGAGAUGACAGCAGAAGUUUGAAUUUGACAGCCUGACAGUGAGAGGGGAGGGGGCAGCCCAGUGCGGUUAGGAAGGCGGAUAAAAUCUGUUCAGCACGUCUGUCUCACAUGGGGACAAGGCAGUCGAGUGUAGAUUUUCAUAGGGAAAAUGGUUACACUAAGAUAUUUUUAUUACUUUGAAGAUAAUAGCUGAAGUUAUUUUUUUAAAAAUUACUGUAAAAGUGGGGAUUUUCAGUUGGGGAGUGUUGGCUCAUGCCUAUAAUCCCAGCACUUUGGGAGGCUGAUGUGGGCAGAUCCCCUGAUGUCAGGAAUUUGAAACCAGCCUGGUCAGCAUGGUGAAACUCUGUCUCUACUUAAAAUACAAAAAUUAGCCGGAUGUGGAGGCGCACGCCUGUAAUCCUAGCUACUUGGGAGGCUGAGGCAAGAGAAUCCCUUAAACCUGGGAGGCGGAGGUUGCAGUGAGCCAAGAUCGUGCCACUGCACUCCAGCCUGAAUAACAGAGUGAGACUCCAUCCCCCCCAAAAAAUUAAAUAAAAAAAGUAAAAGUAGGGAUUGGCCAUGGCAAGGUUAUUGUGAAGAUUAGGAAUAAUAUACAGGAAGCACAAAGCAGCCUUGGCCCUGCUGCUGGGAGGGGCUGAUUUGUAUUGGCUCGUGGGUUGAUAGUCCAUAUAACUAAAAUGUGGCGUUCGUCAUGGUUGCUAAAUAAAUAUAGCUUGAGUGAAUGUAGUAGCUUCUUAAGACCACUUAGGAUGUUCUAAGCUAAACAGAGUAUAUAUCUAGCUUAGAACAUGCAUAGUUAAAAUCUAAAUAUUUCCUGCAAAGCUGAUUUAAAUCAUUAUAUUCUCUCUUGACCAACAGGAACUCUGAUCCAGUUGUAAAAGUAGUUAAUUUAUUUGACUUUCUUAGAUAAAUGAGGAUUUACUAAUCAAGGCCCAUUAUAACAGAAAUGUGGACUAGCUAGUGGACAGAGAAUUGAUUAUUAUGCAAAUGUAUCCUUAGGUCUUAUGAUUUGUGGGUGCCCAGUUUCUGGAAAUCUGGCAUGAGUGAGAACUUACUUGGAGGGAGAGUCAUGAGUCUAGUCCGUGAAUGGACUAGUUAUUUUUGGUUGCUGAGUAAGAAAUGUUCCUUUAGCCGCUCCUAUUUAUCCUUUAGCCGCUCCUAUUAACCCUUUCCUUGAUGUGUGCAGGGAUGGGGGCGCUGGAGGAAAACACACCAGUUACUAAUGACACCAAUUCAUCUUUGCUGCUGUGUGAGGGUGAGUUGAGGAAAGCACUCAACAGCACUUCUGGUAAAUAAAGAACACCACUUGGGCUGGGUGUGGUGGCUCACACCUGUAAUCCCAGCACUUUGGGAGGCCGAGGUGGGUGGAUCACCUCAGGAGUUUGAGACCAGCCUGACCAAUAUGGAGAAACUCCAUCUCUACUAAAAAUACAAAAUUAGCCAGGUGUGGUGGCACAUGAGUGUAAUCCCAGCUACUCAGGAGGCUGAGGCAGGACAAUGGCUUAAACCUGGAAGGUGGAGGUUGUGGUAAGCCCAGAUCACUCCAGCCUGGGCAACAAGAGCAAAAUCAAAAAAAAGAACAGCACAAGUUUUGAGCAUAUAUAUCAUUUUAAAAUUUUUCUUUUUAGUGCAGUGGUGCAACCACAUCUCACUAAAGUCUCCAUUUCUUGGGCUUAAGUGAUCCUCCUACCUCAGCCUCCUGCGUAACUGGGACCACAGGCAAUUGCCACCAUGCCUGGCUAUUUAAAAAAAAAUUUUUUUGGUAUUAUUGGUAGGCAGGAUUUUGCCAUGUUUCCCAGGCUGGGCUUCAACUCCUGAGCUCAAGCAAUUCACCUACCUUGGCUUCCCAAAAUGCUAGUAUUACACAGGUAAACCAGCGUGCCCAGCCAGAUGUUUUUAAAUUAAAAAUGCAGCUGCAGGUUGUAGAGAGUAGGGAGGAGAGAAUUGUGUUCAUCGUUUGGGUUCUGUGGAUCCUUUGAAUGUGCACAGAUGUGUGUUUGGGGGGUCUCAUGAACCAAUGAAAUGGUAAGCAGCAUUUGGGGCAUUUAUGGAUAUUUCUGGUGAGAUGGUCUUUUUUUUUUGCUUUUCCUUGCGUAUUUUGAGACUCUUCUUUCUUUUCUACUCAGAAAGAAUAGAGUGGAUGUUUGAUGUUAGUCACUGGUUUUAUACAUAAAUAUUGUACCUUUGCCUUCACAAUGGUAGUCAGUGUAGAGAUACGAUUCUGAUUAAUAACUGGAACAGGCCCAGAGCAUUUGGUGAUGUAUCAGGCAUCCCUGGUAAGUGUGUGAAUCUCUGAUCCCAGUGGUGUCUGAUGCAGCCUGGUCCUCAUGACUGAACUCCUCUGUGUGACAUUGGGUAUAAACAUACUUGCUCUGGGUCUGAGCUUCCCUAUCUGAAAAUCAAGGAGUUUAAAUUACAUGAUCUCGAGGUCCCUUUUAGCUUUUAAACCGAGACUGCUGUGUAGCUUCUCUCUUAGUAGUACCUGUUCUCUGUCAUUAUUUACGUGGUGUGGUAUGAACUGUCCAUCCUAGGAACUUUGUAGAACUUCUGACUUUCUUCUACAAAUGUUCCUAUCCCUGUAAGCUCGUAGAGCCUGUUUCUUAAAAUCUCAGUGAAUUGGAGUAGAUGUAUGAUGCACAAUCUUGGUUUUAAAUUUUUUAACCAAAGUUUGCUUUCUAUUGCCAUUUGUUAGUUUUAAUGUGUUUGAUCGAUGCUGAGGGAAGCAAAGUGCUGCAGACCUACUCUACUUGUUGCUUAUUUGCCUUACUCCAAAUAACACUUGGGGGAAGGAGAUGCCGACCCAAGUCUCUGUGAUGGAAAGUUGCAGGGACUUUAAACACCCUUAGGACCACAGAAUUGCAGUGAGUUAGCCUUGGGUGAAAUCCGACACCCAAAUGCAUUGCAAGUUGUGGCUCUAGAUAGUUUGCAUAGGAGGCUCAGGGCUACAGCCUGUAGCUAACUGCCACUAGCAUAGCUCUCCGAUGACUCUUUGUGAUAGGAUGAUCAUUUGAGGCUGGAGAGGAUCCAGACUGGGAGCCCAGGGGCUCCCAGUGACAGGGCAGAGGAGAAUCCUCAGCGUCAUACUCUGGCUGCUGGUGACAGGCAGGAGUGGCAAUAACAGGUACAAUAAUGGCUCAAGUUUCACCUUUGCUGGAAGCUGGGAGUGAAUAGCUGGGUCAGUUACAUUCUUUGGAAGUAUAUUUCCUUAAAUGAUGGACGUUCCUAAAUCCAUCUAGGAAUGUUGGAUGUAUUUAUAUGUACUGUAUUAAGCCCCUCUCAAAUUUGCACAUUCAGAGGUAUGGUCUGAUAAUUAAUAAUCAAGUUCUUUUUCUUUAUGCCCAGAAGUCUCUAUUCUGCCCAGACUUGCAGACCCCGAGCUGCGCUAAAGUUCGGAAGUUUGAGCUGCCACUGAAGUAUUGACUGUGGAGAGGCGGGGUUUUCUGUCUCCAAUGAGGUGCCUUUGGUGUCGGGAAAGCCUAUCAUCUUUCGCAGGAGUGCUUGCUCCGUAAUCCAAGCAAUAGCCACGCAGCCGGUUUUAUUGUUUGCGGAAUCUUGCGGCUCUGAGGGAGCGCUUCCCAGACGGGAAGGAGGGCAAGUGGGCGGUUUAUGAUUCUGCCCUGUGCUGGGGCGAGUGAGCCGAGCUCUUUGAUUUCUCCCAAGUAACCGUGUAGGUGAACUGUAAACUGGGUGCCUGGCUUGACCCUGAAUCUUUUUCUCUAGGGUGAGGAGUGACUUCUUUCUGCAACCGACAGCUGGCUUUCUGCCCUGGUGGGGAAAGAUGCCCGGGAGAGGAGUAGGAUUACAAUUUGGGAUGCUAGAGACACACCAAAGAGUCGGAGUGCCUUGGCUUUGUGUUUUGCAAAGUCCUGACAAGUGUUCCUGAAAUGAACACCCUGCUUCAAUUUUUAAAUUAUACUUUUAUUAAUCUAUUAAUUUUUGGCCGUGGAUCUCGCUGAUCUAGAAACGGAGUCCACAGUGUGGCUAGGGUAAAACGUUUGUCUUUUCUUUCUUAACCCCUCCUUUUCCCUUUCUUUGUCAUUGGGUGACACAGAAGCUGUCUUUUUGGAUAAUGCCAUGCCUGACUGUCAACGUUGUCUAAGUGGGAAAUAGGCGCCUGGAGAGGACCUGGGCCGAUGUGAAAGACCCAGCGUUUUCUUUGCUGGGCUGUUCUUUGUCUCUAGUCGAUUUUGAAAAGAAGAUGAAAAAGGAAGGCUCUUCAGGUUCCUUCAGACUCAAGCCGAAUGCAGGUUCUCUCUCACGUGCUGUGAGUUGGAUAAAUUUCUCCUCCUUGUCCAGGCAGACAAAGAGGCUGUUUCGCAGUGAUGGAGAGCUCUCGGUUUGUGGGCAGCAGGUGGAAGUGGAUGACGAAAACUGGAUAUACAAAGCCCAUCCCAGAAAAGCGGUUUCCAAUCUAGAUGAGGAGAGCCGAUGGACAGUCCACUACACUGCCCCAUGGCACCAGCAGGAGAAUGUGUUUCUUCCCACCACAAGACCCCCCUGUGUUGAGGACCUGCACCGCCAAGCCAAGCUCAACCUCAAAUCCGUAUUGAGGGAAUGUGAUAAGUUGCGGCAUGAUGGCUACCGGAGUUCUCAGUACUACUCUCAGGGACCCACCUUUGCAGCCAACGCCAGCUCACUCUGUGAUGAUUACCAAGACGAAGAUGAAGAAACAGAUCAAAAGUGUUCUCUCUCUUCAUCAGAAGAAGAAAGAUUUAUUUCCAUCAGGAGACCUAAAACACCAACCUCAAAUGACUUCUCCGACCUUAAUACUCAGACGAACUGGACCAAGUCGCUUCCACUGCCAACACCAGAAGAGAAGAUGCGACAGCAAGCCCAAACAGUCCAGGCUGAUGUGGUGCCUAUUAACAUAACUGGGGAGAAUUUCGAUCGCCAGGCCAGCCUUCGGCGGUCUCUAAUUUACACAGACACUCUGGUAAGACGACCGAAGAAAGUCAAAAGGAGAAAGACUAUUACAGGAGUCCCUGACAACAUACAGAAGGAGCUAGCAUCGGGCAUUAGCCAAGAUGAUGUUGGUGGCCACUCGGUAUACACCCCCGAUCACUACUCGACGCUGGGAAAGUUUGAUAGCUAUCGGUCUGCUGGGCAGCGCUCAGAAACCAGGGACUCCAGCUGUCAGACGGAGGAAGUGAAGGUCGUACCACCUUCCAUGAGGAGAAUCAGGGCACAGAAGGGACAAGGCAUUGCUGCCCAGAUGGGCCACUUCUCAGGUUCCUCUGGCAACAUGUCUGUGCUGAGCGAUUCUGCAGGGAUUGUAUUCCCUUCCCGCCUCAACAGUGAUGCUGGCUUCCACAGUCUUCCGCGUUCUGGAGCAAGGGCGAACAUUCAGUCUCUUGAGCCGAGGCUGGGUCCCCUGGGCCCCGCAGGAGACAUGGAUGGUACUUUCCCCUACCAGAGAGGUCACCCACAAGCAGAUGAAAACUCAGGCCAUUUAGGAGGUGCCUCAAGGACUGGAACACUUAUGAGACCCAAAUCCCAGGAGCUAAGGCAUUUUGAGAGUGAAAAUGUCACGAGCCCAGCAUGUGUGGUUUCUCCUCAUGCGGCCUACUCCACCAGCAUCAUCCCAAAUGCCAAACUGUCUUCCUCUUCCGAGGUUAUCGCUAUUCACACUGCUCAGAGCGCAGGGCAGCUGGAAAGUAGAAGUUCCAGCUCAUUGCAUGCAAAGAUAAAAUCCAGAGACCACCUCAUCUCCAGGCAUGCUGUGAGAGAUGAUCAUCAGUCUCCCAGUCGCCACUGGAAUGAGGGUCACACCACCAUGCUUUCACAGGCCUUAGACCCUCAGUCCUCUGGUGCACCCACACUGUUGUCCCUCUGUGACUCGGCAGUCUCUCUAAAUGCUCCAGCAAAUAGGGAGAAUGGGUCCCAAGCCAUGCCAUAUAAUUGUAGAAACAACCUGGCCUUCCCAGCCCACCCCCAAGAUGUGGAUGGCAAGAGUGAAUCUAGUUAUUCAGGGGGUGGAGGACACAGCAGCUUGGAGCCCUGGGAAUACAAAGCCUCAGGUAAUGGAAGGGCAUCACCCCUGAAGCCACAUUUAGCAACUCCUGGCUACUCCACUCCCACAAGUAACAUGAGCAGCUGCAGUUUGGACCAAACAUCCAACAAAGAGGAUGCUGGGUCACUGUAUUCUGAGGACCACGAUGGCUACUGCACAUCUCUGCAUGCUGACUCUGGACAUGGAUCUGGGAAUCUGUGCAAUAGCAGCGAUGGCUUUGGGAACCCCAGGCACAGUGUGGUCAAUGUUUUUGAUGGAAGAGCUCAGAAAAACCAGGGGGACCGAUCCAAUUACCAGGAUAAAUCCCUGUCAAGAAGCAUCUCUUUGAAAAAAGCAAAGAAGCCUCCCCUGCCACCUUCCCGGACAGACUCCCUCCGCAGGAUUCCCAAGAAGAGCAGCCAGUCCAACGGGCAGGUGCUUAGCGAGAGCCUGAUCGCCACACUCCAGCAUUCGCUGCAGCUGAGCCUCCCAGGCAAGGGUGGCAGCUCGCCAUCCCAGAGCCCCUGCAGUGACUUGGAAGAGCCCUGGCUGCCCCGCUCCCGGAGCCAGAGCACAGUCAGUGCUGGCAGCAGCAUGACGUCUGCCACCACCCCCAAUGUCUACUCCCUGUGUGGGGUCACACCAUCGCAGAGUGACACGAGCAGCGUCAAGUCAGAGUACACAGACCCCUGGGGUUACUACAUUGACUACACGGGCAUGCAGGAAGAUCCGGGGAACCCAGCAGGGGGCUGUUCAGCCAGCAACGGGGCGCCCACUGGGAACGGGCCAGUCCGCCAUGUCCAAGAAGGGUCCAGAGCCACAAUGCCCCAAGUGCCCAGUGCUUCAGUCAAACCAAAGAUCAUGUCACCGGAGAAGUCACACAGAGUCAUUUCUCCAUCCAGUGGGUAUUCCAGCCAGUCAAAUACACCCACAGCACUCACCCCUGUGCCUUUGUUUUUAAAAUCAAUGUCACCAGCAAAUGGGAAGGGGAAGCCCAAGCCCAAGGUACCAGAAAGGAAGUCCUCUCUGAUAUCUUCAAUAUCCACUUCGUCGUCGUCCACUUCUCUUUCCUCUAACACUUCUAACGAAGGGAGUGGCACUGUGAAGAAGCUGGAUCCAGCUGUGGGCUCUCCCCUGGUUCCUCCUCCUCCUGUUCCCUCUCCUCCAUCCCCUUGUCCUGCAGACAGGUCUCCUUUCUUUCCUCCUCCACCUCCUGUUGCAGACUGUUCCCAGGGCCCUCCUCUGCCUCACUCUCCUGUGUUCCCCCCUCCGCCGCCAGAAGCUCUCACUGCUUUCUGCUCCCUACCUGAUUGGUGCCUUUCUCCUCCCCCCACUGCACUGAGCCCCCUUCUUCCAGAUUCAACUGUGUCCUUGCCAUUACCCCCACCUUUCUUACCUUCCUCAGAGCCCCCACCCGCCCCACCUCUUGACCCCAAAUUCAUGAAAGACACCAGGCCUUCUUUCACAAAUUCUGGCCAGCCAGAGUCCUCCCAGGGAUUCUUGAGGCCGCCUUCUACCAAGGAGGAGACCAGCAGGCCCCCGAUGCCCCUGAUAACCACAGAAGCAUUGCAAAUGGUGCAGUUGAGGCCGGUGAGAAAGAACUUGGGUGCCGAGGCAGCACCGUUGUCUGAACAAGCAGCUCGGGAACAACGAACUCCGGUCGCUCCACAGUACCACUUAAAGCCAUCUGCUUUCCUGAAAUCCCGAAAUAGCACAAAUGAAAUGGAGAGUGAAAGCCAGUCUGCCUCUGUGACAAGCUUGCUUCCAACGCCUGCCAAGAGCUCGAGUCAGGGUGACCAUGGCAGUGUGGCCGAGCACAGCAGCCUUGGAGCUCCGAGCGCUGGGGAGGCAGAGGCUCGGCCCAGCCCCAGCACCACCCCACUCCCAGACUCUUCACCCAGCAGGAAGCCACCCCCCAUUUCCAAGAAGCCCAAACUGUUCCUGGUGGUACCACCUCCGCAGAAAGAUUUUGCAGUGGAGCCCGCAGAGAACGUGAGCGAAGCCCUCCGAGCCGCGCCCAGCCCCACGAGGGGAGAGGAAGACUCUGUGUAUGGCAAAGAGGCAAAAGAGAGUUCUGCAGCCCAAGCUGGCUCUCAUGCCACGCACCCUGGCACCUCGGUUCUUAAGGGAGGAGCUGCAGGAUCCGUGUCCCCCGACAGAGUGGAAGCCAAUGUCCCCAUGGUACAGCCCAAUGUCUCACCGGCUCCCAAGCAGGAAGAGCCAGCCGAGAACAGUGCAGAUGCUGGGGGCGAUGGGGAGAGCUGCCUGUCUCAACAGGACGGAGCAGCUGGGGUACCGGAGGCCAGUGCAGCCUGUUCAUCCUCGGAGGCCUGUGACUUCCUCAAGGACGACGGGAGUGAUGAGGUGAUGACCCCCAGUCGGCCCAGGACCACAGAAGACCUUUUUGCAGCUAUUCACAGAUCCAAAAGGAAAGUCCUCGGCCGUAGAGAUUCAGAUGAUGACCACUCCCGAAACCAUUCUCCCUCCCCACCAGUGACACCCACCGGCACUGCCCCGAGCCUGGCCUCUCCAAAACAAGUGGGAUCCAUUCAGAGAAGCAUCCGAAAGAGCAGCACCAGCAGUGACAACUUCAAAGCUCUGCUGCUAAAAAAGGGCAGUCGUUCAGACACCAGCGCCCGCAUGUCUGCAGCAGAGAUGCUCAAGAACACCGACCCCAGAUUCCAGAGGUCAAGGUCAGAGCCUUCGCCAGACGCCCCCGAGAGCCCAUCAAGCUGCUCCCCAAGCAAGAACAGAAGGGCACAGGAGGAGUGGGCCAAGAAUGAAGGCUUGAUGCCUCGGAGUCUGUCCUUUUCCGGCCCCAGGUACGGCCGCAGUCGAACGCCGCCGUCAGCCGCCAGCAGCAGGUACAGCCUGCGAAACCGGAUCCAGAGCAGCCCCAUGACCGUCAUCUCGGAGGGAGAAGGGGAGGCCAUGGAGCCUGUGGACAGCAGAGCCUGCGGUGCCCUGGGCACUGCAGAGGGAUGUUCCCUGGACGGACUGGCGAGGGAGGAGAUGGAUGAGGGCGGCCUGCUCUGUGGGGAGGGGCCUGCUGCCUCCCUGCAGCCCCCGGCCCUCCGCCCCAUGGAUGGGACAGCGGGUGCAGAAGGCAGAGCGCCCUCCCCGCAAUGUGGCGGUUCUCUGAGCGAGGAGAGUUAGGGCCAAGAUCAUAACUCUCCCAGGUGACACGGGGGGGUGGGGAGAUGAGCUAUGCAGCACUCUAUGAAGCCUGCCAGGCGCCCUCCCUGCUCGCCCAGGGAUGCUACCCUGCGUCUGUGCUGUGGGCCCCGGAGUUGCCUGCCCUGCAGUGUGAGUGAAAGUUAUUUAGGACUCACUUGGCACUUGCCCUGUGGCUUAAGAACAAGUAGAAGCUUAAACUUCUGAAAGUGCUUCCUGGGGAAGAUUUUUUUUUUUCCUAAAUGCUGGGUGUGUGUGUGUGCAUUUUCAACACUUUUUAAUUUUUAAAAAUACACAUAUACACAAACAACAUGUACAGAAAUAGAAGAAAGCAAGCCAGAGUUAAGCUUGGUGUAGAAUAACGGAGUCCUCCGGACUAGGCGGUAAUUGCUUUCAAAGCAUUACGUUUAUGGAAAUUGGCGAGUUCCGUAAGAAAGGAGAAGAUGUUACUUCUAAGAAAGGUGGUAGAGUUGCUGGUUCUUAAUGCACAGAACACACGGAUAUAUGCUCACGUGUGCUGCUGAGGGGAGGCAGGUUGUGGUGAGCAGAGAGAAGCUGGGAAGAGGCUAAGUGACUAAUUGGUUCAGGUACUUUUUUCUGGGGGAGGUAGACUUUCUUUUUUAUGAAAAUGUCAAACAUGUAGAAGUGGCAAUGCUGUAAUCUGGUGCCUGCUGCUGUGCAGCCACAUACACACAAUUGUAGCCUGAUUUUUAGAAGUGUGGGUCAUUUUCUAAUGAAUUUCCUCCUUGAGUAGAAGCUGAGAACUGAAGUGGUGUGGACAGACAGAGGGGCAGAGUUGGAGAGGAAUAAGUGAUACACUGCUGGAAUUUGUUUCCUGCCUAUGAAAUAAAAUUAUUUUUCAGAACUAAAUUUGAAAACUUGCACUACAGAACUAUGGGUGGAGCUUUUCCUUUUACAACAGUUUUUUUUUGUUUUGUUUUGUUUUGUUUUUUUAACCAGAGUUUAAACUUUCAUUAGGCAAUUUCCUGUCACUUGAAAUGUCAACAUUUGCUAAUUUUUGGAUAUCCUUUUGGGAUCACCAAAGAAAAAGUUAUGCCUGUUUUUUCCCUUGAACUGCCUACGGUAUCAUGUCCUAAUUCAGAAAGAUUUGUCAAAAUCUAUGAUCUUACUUUGAAGAAAAUGUUGACUAGCUCUUGUUAGUCAAAUAAACUGAUAAAAAUUGGUAGGGCUUGGCUAUCAAUUAGCCCUGGGAAAUGAAUUUUUAGAUUAAAAAGAUUUUUUUGCAUCAUUUGGUUUGUGCAUUUUUAUAUUUGUUUAUAAAUAAUUGAGUUGCUAAUUAUCUUCUAAUCUUCUCUGAUCAGAUUUUCCGACAAUUUUAGACAUGGGGCAAAAGCGUUCGAAGUCUUUAUUUUAAUGUCAGUCUUAUUGCCCUCACCCUUACUCCCUUAACAUCCGUGUACUUAGUCUCCUUUAUUUGUUAAAUAAGCCAGAGUCUUGUCUUCUUCCUUAGAAGGACUUAGGAUGACAAUGUGGAGAUUCUUGGUCUGAAUCUAGUGUACCUACCACCUGCCAUCUUUUGGGGGUAUGAAAACAGUAUCUAAAAGCUGGAUUGCACAGGCCAAAUCAUGAUGAGACUUAUAAACUAAAACUUCAGAUACCCAUUAGAAAUGGCUUUGAGGCAAAAACACACCUAAAGAAUGAAGACCCCAUAUCUGAAGAAAACAAAACACUGCUCUUCACACAACCAGAAAUCAAGACCAGAGAUUUGGAGCAACUGUCUACUAAUUUGGCACAAAGAUUGUUUGUUCUUUAGAAAAGUGGCAUUGGCUUUUGAAUAUGAAAUCUUCUCAUAGCUGCCUAAAAAAGACUAGAAUAUCAGAAAUCUUUAAUACAUAAUUUAUGCAAAGAUAAAGCAACAUAACACUAUAAAACUUUUUAAAUCCCCAUUUUUAAUGAAAAAUUCGUAUUUAAAUUUGCUUUGAAUAAAACAAUUGUAAA